AUGACGCAAAUAUAUCGAUACCGGCGCACUUUGAGCCGCUGCUUUGGGCGCGUGGUUCUGUUAUAUGGCCUUGAGGUUGGCGAGCGAGGUGCCAGGCCGGGACCGGGCCGGAACGAGGUCUGGGGGUACCGGGUUAAUUUGUGCUCUGAGUACAUAAGGCAACAUACAACCCUCAAGACCCUUGUAAACCCAAGCGCUUGCUCUUGCCACGGCAGUUCGCCUAUUGCAAAGGAAAACUUGAAAGGUCUCAAAAUGAAGCGCGUGAUCAAAGCGGUGCUAGUGGAUCUCAGUGGAACCAUUCUCAUCGAGGAUUGCAAGAUCCCUGGUGCCAGUGAGGCACUAGACAGGCUGCGUAAGACCGAUGUGAAGGUCCGCUUUGUCACCAAUGCCAGUAAGGAGUCACUGUCGAUGCUGCACGGACGCCUAUCAGCGCUCGGCUUCGGCAUCGCGCGCAACGAGAUCUUCAGCUCGCUGAGCGCGGCCCGGCAGCUGGUGGACCAGCGCCAGUUACGGCCGCUGCUGCUGCUGCAGCCAGAGGCGCUCGAGGACUUUGCCAGUGUUGACACGGCCAAUCCGAACGCCGUGCUGGUCGGCCUGGCGCCUGACCACUUCAACUAUGACGCGCUGACUCGGGCAUUCAGACUGGUGCUGGAGGGCGCGGAUCUGAUCGCCAUUCACAAGGGGCGCUACUUCCGGCGGUCUGACGGGCUGGCGCUGGGCCCGGGGCCGUUCGUCGCCGGGCUGGAGUACGCCACCGGCCGGCACGCGGAGGUCAUCGGCAAGCCGAGUGCAGCCUUCUUCCGGGCUGCCCUAGACGGGCUGGGCUGCCAGCCGGAAGAGGCCGUCAUGAUCGGGGACGACGCGCGCGAUGACGUGGGCGGCGCCCAGGCGGUCGGCCUGUCCGGCGUGCUGGUGCGCACCGGCAAGUACCGGCCGGGCGACGAGGCGCUGAUCGAGCCGCCGCCGGCGCACGUGGCCGACUCGUUCCCGGAGGCGGUGCAGUACGUGCUGCAGCAACUGGCGGACGGCGCGCCGGCCCCGGCGGACGACAGCUAGCGCGGCGCGGCCGGUCUCGGUGGAAUGCUGGCGGUCGAGUGUGGACUGUGGACUGCGGUGGGUGUUCGGUCUUGCCGGUCUCGCCGGUCUGCUGGCGGUCGAGUGUGGACUGUGGACUGCGGUGGGUGUUCGGUCUUGCCGGUCUCACUGGUCUUGCUGGCGGUCGAGUGUGGACUGUGGACUGUGGUGGAUGUUCGGUCUUGCCGGUCUCGCCGGUCUGCUGGCGGUCGAGUGUGGACUGUGGACUGCGGUGGGUGUUCGGUCUUGCCGGUCUCGCCGGUCUGCUGGCGGUCGAGUGUGGACUGUGGACUGCGGUGGGUGUUCGGUCUCGCCGGUCUGCUGGCGGUCGAGCGUGGACUGUGGACUGCGGUGGGUGUUCGGUCUUGCCGGUCUCGCCGGUCUGCUGGAGGUCGAGUGUGGACUGUGGACUGCGGUGGAUGUGGUUGACGUAGUUUUUGGUCUUGUCACGACGCCCUGCUGACGAUGGCCAUGCAGGUGCUGUAG